UAGUUCAGUUACCAUAGCAACCCAUUUACAUUCAAGAUGGCGAAAAUGACAGCAAAGAAACUAGCUAAAAUGUCCGAGGAGGAGAGGGCAGCAUACCUAGAGCAGCAGAGAUUGGAAGAGGAAGAGUCUAAGAGGAAGAAAGAAGAAAUGUUGAACCGAUUCCUUAAGGAUAAACUGAGCAAAGAGGAACAGUCCACUAAACUAAACAUACUGAAACUACAAGAGCAAUGGAGGAACAUAAUGAGGAAAGCGAAAUUGGAGGAACUAAAAAAAGAUUGCCAAGUGAUGAGAGAAACGUUUGAAAGGAUUGUAGAUCGUAAAGAUGCAGUCAUCAAAUCAUUAGCUAAAGACUUAGAAGAAGCAAACGAACAAUAUGAAGUUGCUUUGAGGAGUCAUUUACAGAACAUGGAAGAGCUGCUAAGUUUCCAAAAGAAAAGAAUUAGCGACUUGGAGAAUGGCUUCCAGAAAGAUUUGGAUGUUUUAAAGGCAGAGUUUGAUAAAGAGAGGUUUGCAACUGUUUCCCAUCAUGAUCAAGAAGUGAAGGACCUUCACGAUAUACUGUAUGCGAUGGAAUUAAGAUUUAACGAGAGGGAAUCUGAGGCUCAGCAGGAGUUCCAAAGCUUAGUGGAUGAGUUGAAAAACAAGAAUCUUGAGGAGACACAUGCUCUUAGUGCGCAGAGGAAAGCUACUCUUGACGAAUUGUGGGACAUGUUUCAGAAAGAGACAAAGCAAUACAAAGAAAACACAGAAGAGAAGAAACUAAGAUUUGAGGCACUUAAGAAGAAAGAUGAAAGCAACGCAAGAGAAAUAGCCAAACAAAUGAAACGACUGAAGAAACUUCAGGACUCCAUCGGUGAUGUUAAAACGAAAUUGAGCUCAAAUUCAAAAGAGACAGAAAUAAGAUUAAGAGCAAUUAGGAAUGACAGGGAGACAGUACUUGCUCAUUUUCGUGAACUAAAGGCAGAAAUGAUAAAAUCCAGAGAAAAUGAAAGGAGUAAUCUGACUAAACUCACAAUACAAAGCAAUGAAGCAAUCAAGGAACUUGAGAAACAGCAAGCUAUGGGAGAAAAGAUUCUAAAGCUAACAGAAAUGAAUAGAAAACUUGAAACAGAAGAAGAAAAGGUUUUACCAUUUUAUUCGACAUCACUGACUCCAGAAGAAGAGAUGCACAUUGCAGCAUUGCAGGAUAGGCGUGAUAAGGAUGGACUAACAGGGGUAAUCCAUGAGUAUGCUGCUUUGGAGAAUUUCUGGAAACGCUACAAUAAAGUAUUACUAGACACUACUGCUCUUGAACAAGAGAAAAGACAGCUUGAAAUUGAAAAUGAGAAAUUACGAAUCCUUCUCAAGCAGUAUCUUGAUGGAAUUUCCGUGAGUGAAGAGAUUUUGAGUCAAAAAAAUCCACUUCUGAUAGUCAGUAGCACAGAGAGGCCAGCAAGAUUAUCCGUUCCUGUUGGAGAUCCAAGAAUUCUGCAACCUAACUCAGGAAAUAUCACAGUAGUUGAAGGAGCCCAUGUAGCAAAACACCUCACAUAAGAAUUAGAUACAUUAUAAAAAUGUUUUAUUUCAUGACUUGUAAAUACGUCACUCAUGUGAAUUAAUAUUAGCAUAGCUAAGGCGUGGCCUUGUCUUCUCAAAGCUUCACUGAAGUGUAAACGAGCCCUUUUAAAACUUGUUAACGAGCCCUUGUUCUCCUUCUAAACAAGCCCUUUAAACAUGCCAAACCCAGAAUUAUUGAUGAAGAAAGUUCCACUGCAGAGAGACCUCUUGCGUCUUUUUAAUGGUCAAUCUGAUCAGUGGCAGACCAUAGGCACUGGGCUAGGUGUGUCACACAGCGACCUUAUGCCUCUUCCCGGCCAAGCACUUAACAAUCUCGGCAUGAUAUUCGAUCGUUGGCUCAAAGCAUACAAGAACGUGACCUGGAAGGCCAUAUGUAAUUUGUGUGAGGAUUGGGAUCAACUUGGUCAGUCAAAGGCUAAAGUUGCAAAGUUUCUUGAAUCAGAUAGAGCUCAUGAGGAAUAUGGUACCAAGCCGGACUUUGAUGGAUAAACUUAGUAUUGUUAUUAUGUUGUGCAUGCUUGCUAAGUAAAACUAUCAAUACUUUUGUAGCUUGCUUCUCACUAGUUCUCAGUUUUUUUGAAAAAACUAUUUUUAAUAAUAGGAAA